CGGCUGCAGCAGCACUUGCCGGCUCCAGUCAGUAGCUCGCAGCAGUCCGGUCCCAUCCUUGCAACCACCAUGGAUGUCUUCAAGAAAGGUUUCUCCAUUGCCAAGGAAGGUGUGGUUGGUGCUGUGGAGAAGACCAAGCAGGGAGUGACGGAGGCAGCUGAGAAGACCAAGGAGGGGGUCAUGUAUGUGGGCACCAAAACCAAGGAGAAUGUGGUACAAAGCGUAACCUCAGUGGCUGAGAAGACCAAGGAGCAGGCCAAUGCCGUCAGCGAAGCUGUGGUCAACAGUGUCCACACGGUGGCCACCAAGACUGUGGAGGAGGCAGAAAACAUCGUGGUCACCACUGGGGUGGUACGCAAGGAGGACUUGGAACAACCUGCUCCUGCACAGGACCAGGAAGCCAAAGAGCAAGAGGAGGACGAAGAGGCCAAGAGUGGAGGAGACUAGGAUGCUGCCAUCAGCCACAGAGGCCCAAGGGACACCCCUCUGCCUUGGACCCUGUCCCCACUGGCACAACAAGUGCCCUGCCCACAGUGCCCUGCAGGUGCCCGUGUUCUCUGCUUCCCAGCCUGGUGCCACAAGUCUGUCCACACAUGCUGCUGCCAGCUCCAGCGCCCCCUGCUGGCUCCUUUUGCCCUAUCUUUGGAUCCCACAGAUCAGAUGCUGCUGCAAUUUUUUUUUUUUAAUGAUUCCAAAUAAAACCUGAGCCCCACUCCCA